UUCCCCAACCCGCGCGAAAUUCUCUUCCUUCUAAAGCCUAUACGUGAAGUAACAGAGUACCAAAUCGCGCCUUUUGUUUUCGGCAUCUCUAUUCCUGUCGCUCUACGGUGAUUCCCUUGCAUCUAGUCUCCGGAAAUUUGAGGCUUCCGGUUAUCGGUUACGGUUUCGUUGCAUCGGAGAAUCUCCUCGAAACGAUGAAGGAUUUGAAAGCUAGGGUUGUCCGUACCGAAGACUAAGACGCGAGGAGAGGUUCUGGCUGGUGAUGGUUAUGGGAAAGAGAAAUACUGUUGUUGUCUUAUCGUCUUCAGAUGACGAAGAUUAUGUUCCUUUGUUGAGUUCAAAACGGAGUUAUUCAAAGCCGAAUUCCAGAUCAUUGGUUACUCGAACGGAGCCUAGAGCGGGGAAGAAGAAGCGUCGCAUUUCCGAUUCUAGCUCUCGAUUGUGUGUAGAAUCUAGUUAUGUAGAUGAGAUCAGGUCUUCUUUCCAAGACUUCGAUGAAGUUAUUUCUGGGUCCAAGGUAUCUACCGGUUUUGGAAGGAACAACAAAAAAGAACUAUGGAUUGAUAAAUACCAACCUCGUUCUUUGGAAGAGCUUGCUGUUCACAAAAAGAAGAUUGAAGAAGUCAAGGUGUGGUUUGAGGGAAGAUUGACCCCUUCAAAGGAUGAGUUGAGUAACCAUGUCCUUCUCAUCUCUGGGCAAGCUGGUGUUGGAAAAUCCGCAACUAUUCAUGUGAUUGCAUCACAUCUUGGAGCCAGAGUAUGUGAAUGGAAUACACCCACUCCCACAGCAUGGCAAGAACACGUCCAUAACUUUAAUUCAGGGAUACAGUACAGAUCUAAGUUGGAUGAGUUUGAAACCUUCGUUGAGAAAGUAAGAAAGUACGGGUUGCUUCCUUCAUCUUUUCCUGUUGAGUCAAAAUCAUCAAUCAUACUCCUGAUUGAUGAUCUACCGAUGACUAAUGGACGAGCUGCUUUUGAAAAACUGCAAAACUGCUUGUUUCUUCUUGUGACAUCAGUUCAGACACCAACAGCAAUACUGGUGACUGCCAAUGGCCAUGCGGAUCCAGCCGAUCAGACUACAAGGCUUUUGGAAGAACUUCAGUCAUCCCUUGAGACUGCUGGGGCUUGUAAGGUUGCAUUUAAUCCAAUUACAUAUAAUUCCAUCAAGAAGACACUUACUAGAAUUUGCAGAGAAGAGCACUGUAAUUUGUCUGAUGAACAGAUUGGUAUAAUAGCAAAAUCCAGUGGAGGUGACAUCAGACAUGCAAUUACAUCUUUACAGCUUUUCGUGCUGAAACCAGAUUUAAUGCAUAGAUUAUCACCAUCUGAUCUUCCUUCCGGCUACUCAAAAGAAAGAACGCAUGACCUCAAUGCUUUGGAUGGUGGAUUUUCUUUACAUUUUGGUAGAGAUGAGACCCUCUCUCUAUUUCAUGCCCUCGGAAAAUUUCUACACAACAAAAGAGAAACUGAAAAUACCAUGGCGUUGGAUGGAAAUGCAUUUGAUAUAUCAGAGAAAUUUUCUAGAUUACCAUUAAAAAUGGAUGCUCCUGAAAAGAUACUCUGUCAAGCACAUGGGCAAUCAAGACCUAUUACUGAUUUUCUACAUGAAAAUGCAUUAGAUUUUCUGAGUGAGGAAGCAAUGGAUGAUGCCUGGGGCAUGGCUUCAUAUCUAAGUGAUGCUGAUUUGCUUCUUGCUUCUUUCCGAGGAAUGCUGGCUAGAUAUAAUGAGGCAGAAGGCGUUCUUCAAUCUGCUUCAGCUUCAGUUUCAGUUCGUGGUGUUUUAUUUGGAAAUUCUCAUCCUCUUCGUUCCAGGUGGCAUGCUAUUCGCAGGCCAAAGCUCUGGCAGGUUGAGCAGUCGACAUUGCAGAAUAAGAAAGAGAUUGUAAGGCAGAGAUUUACUACACCGAGCUUUUGUGAUUUAUCAGUUAUAGCUACCGAGUACACACCUGUUUCCAAUUGGCUUGGUCUUCGAACAUCUGGAGCGCUUGAAGAUCAUCAGAUGCUAAUACAGAGCAGCGGGAUGGUACACGGUGAUAUUGAGAAGUUGAGCUUGGAUGACCAUGAAAGUGAAAUUUCUGGUGAUGAAAUAGAAGAUUGGGAUUAGAAAUACCUUGUGUUAGUAGCGGAUUUGGCUUAAUUUGGGUCACUGUUUUCGCAUGUAGAGCAGCUAUUCAUACUUUCUAAUUGUUUCUUCACUCUUCUGAUUUUGUAAAUAUGAUUAAACAUUUCAUCUUCAAAUAUCAAAAAUUUCAGAGAUCUGCACUCUGUGGUCGUGGAAGCAGCGGGAGAACCUUGGCUUUUGAU